AUGCUUUUAUGCAAGUAAGUAGGUCUCAUGUACUUAUGUAAUUUUUUUAGAGAAUAGCUGCCUCAGAUCUAGACAAUGGAUUAAGAGGAUUUGGAAUUAGCAUUGGAAGAGGACUUGAUAUUGAUUUAAAUUCCUAUCCAGAUUUGCUGAUUGGUGCUCAUGAUUCUGACCAAGCAGUACUUCUCAGGUCCAAACCAGUUGUUCAUGUGGUCUCCACAAUUGAGUUUAACACAACACAGAUCAAUACAAAUGUGACAAACUGCCAACGUGGAAAUAAAUUGUUCACUUGCUUCGAGGUUAAAUACUGUGUCCAAUUUAAUGGGAAGUAUAUCCCACAAGCCUUGAAGUUUAGUUUUGGCUUGGAAAUUGACACAGUCCGUACAGAAAACAGUCUAAUUAGAGGAUAUCUACUUGAUAAAGGCCGAUCUGUGGAAUAUGUCAACAAAACUUUAGAUUUAAUUUCAGUAAAUGAAAACUGUUUCAGUAAUAUUGCUUUUAUGAAUCCAAAUAUUCAAGACUUCAUCACUCCUAUCCAAUUUCGACUGAGGUAUCAACUAGCUGGUCGUUCAAAGAGACAGAUUAAUUUCUGUAAUACAUGUCCCAUUUUGGAUGUGACAGAACCUAACUUGGUCACAAAAGAAAUAGCUUUUGCAACAGGUUGUGGUGAAGACAACACAUGCCAAUCAGACUUGAAGUUAUAUGCUCAGUUUGUUAACUUUAGGGAGAAUGAAAUUCUUGUUAUAGGAGAAAACACAAGCCUUACAUUGAAUGUAGAAGUCUACAGUAGUCAGGAACCAGCUUACCAAACGGUGGUAGAAAUUAUGUUACCACCAGAUGUAGGUAUUAUUAAUCAAGCAAACUGUUACAUCCAUGAUAAAAAGGAUUCAAACAGUAGUAGUGGGCUGACAUGCAAUGUUGGAAAUCCUCUUGGAAAUGGACAGAAGGUGAAAUUUCAGAUCAAAUUAGACACAAGUAGAGUUACAAAUGAUAUUGAAAAAUUAAGCUUUGAACUUGUGGCCAAGACAAGCAGUACUGAGAUGAAAUCAGAUGAUAACCGUGUUGUUUUAACCCUUCCUUUUAAGGCCUUAGCUGAUAUUACUAUAACAGGAUUUGCCAACAGAGAACAGAUUAUUUAUAAAGAACAAAAGCAGGAAAAAGAAGAAAUUUCAUUCACUCAUUCUUACAUUGUAAGUAGUUAUGCUAUGGUGGCCUUACAUUUGAAGUAG